CGUCCCGGACAGUCGAUUGAGCAUGAUUCGACUGAUUUUUUGUUAAUUUCUAUUUGCCAAUUUUCAAUCAUCGUAUUAAAUUCAAAAAUAGUUUUUAAUUUUUUUUGAAAAUUUGAUUUGAAAAAAAUAGUUUUGCAAUAAGAAAAAUACUUUUUUCGUAUCAAGAGUUUUUGGUAUUUGGUCAGUGAAAUAUUGGAUUUUAUUUAUUUCUCAUUUGGAAAAAAGGGACGAAGAGGAACAACAACUAAAAAUUGUCGAGGAAAAAAAGAGAGAGAGGAGGAGAAAGAAAAAUUUUUUUUUUUUUUUUGAAAUGAAUCGUGAAAUGUUGAGAUUAUUGGCUUUUGAUAACGAGAUGAUGGAAUGGAUUAAUUUAGAAAGCAAUAAACUUGAACAAAUGUUGAAUUCCUGUUGGUGAAGAUGCUUGUGGACGAGUGCGGGGGUGGCAUGGGAUGGUCCGCAAGUGUCCGAGGGGGUUGGUCAACCCCCGGGGGAUGCGGAAAUUCCGCCAUGAGCUUCGCGGGAAGUGUUCCGUCUUUACAUCCAACAGGAUCGAUUAGAUCACUUCGAUCACAUCACUCCGCUAUGGCACCACCCGAGACACCCAGGCGCUGUUUGCACUGCCAUCCAGUUCAUAUGUCCACUCCGAACAAUUACGUUCAACACCCUGUGCAGUAUUAUACACCGAGUCGUUGUGCGGAUAGGCAAAAUGGCACCUACGUACCACAGCGGAACUCCUAUCAUGGAGACCCUCGACCGCGUUAUAAUGUAGAUUCCGAGGAUAGUGUUGGGGGCAACACAAACUGGGUUCUUGGCGAUUUGCGCAGCCUUCACCGUUGUGUGCCAGCUCUUCGUCGAACAGGUAUAGACGUGGCUGGUAUUCAAACACAUUUCUAUCCCGAGGGUGGCUGGGGAUGGUUGGUGUGUGCCGCGGGCUUUCUGGCCCUGUUGCUUACCACUGGAAUGCAACUUGCCUUCGGUGUUCUCCAUCUUUAUGCUGCCCGACACCUCGGCGAACUUCAUCUAAUGGAUAUAGCUUGGGUUGGUGCUUUAAGUGCCGCUGUGUCACGUGGUUCGGCGCCUCUGGUUGUUGGUGCAUGUCGUCGAGGAAGCACCAGACUCAUAGCAGUGAUUGGAGGACUCGUUCUAGCCUUGGCAUCCCUUUUCACUUCAUUCGCACUCCAAAUGCAUCAAGUUAUAUUAAGCUAUGGUCUUGUGUUGGGAGCGGGAGCCGGAUUGGUAAAGGAAACAGCGGGUCUAGUGCUGGGUCAUUACUUCAGGAAGCGGCUCGAGUUUGUUGAAAUGAUUGUGCAAGCUGGAACGGGCGUGGGGAUAGUGCUCUUCAGUGUUUUCUACCAGGAGGCUGUUGGAAAAUUAGGCUGGAGGCAUGGACUUCAGUCCGUAACUGGAGCACUUUCAGUGACAUUUUUCUUGGGAUUAAUCUAUAGAAGUGCAUCACUUUAUCAUCCUCAACGACGAGCAAUUGUACAUCUUAAAAAUCAGAAAAGUAAACUACGCGAAAAAAAGUCCGCAACAAAAGCACCGCAACGUUUGGUCGAUCUUCGUCCAUUGAGUUGUCGUCCUGUUAGAAUGCUCAUGUUGGCAGCCGGUUCAGCUGCUUUUGGUCUUUAUACACCUGCCUUUUAUAUCGCAUUACAAGGAUACCAAGAAGGAUUGGAAGCUAGUGCCUUGGUUCUGUUGCAAACUUGUUUGGGCUUGGCAGCCGCAUUGGGUUGUGCUGCAUGGGGAGUCGUUACAGCCAGACCAUCUGCUCAGUGUCUGGUUUCCCGACAAUAUCUUUGCCAAGUAGCUCUUCUUGGCGUUGCUAUAGCUCAAGUGGCGCUUGGUAGUGUUCAAGGCUAUCAUGGAAUGGUACUGGCGUGCGGUCUUUAUGGUGCAUCUCUUGGCGGAGCUCUAUAUUCAUUAAAAAUGUUGGCCCUCGAGAGAUUAAGAUCGAGUCAAUUCGCAAGAUCUUGGGCUCUGGUGCAAGCUGCGGAAGCUUUGCCAAUUUUAUUCGGAGUCCCUCUAACUGGUUACAUGAACGCGAAUAAUCCGCGCGUUGGAUAUUACGCGUGCACAUUGAGUUCCUUGUGUGGUGCUGCACUUUUGUUCCUAGUCGGUUGGGGAAGACAGCCGACAUCGCCUCUAGUUGUUGGUCCUAGAAUACCAAAUGUCAGUGGAAUGCCGCCCCCGUGCGCUUGUCCACCGCCGCCUAGGCCGAGAUUGCCCAAGUCUCAAUCUCUUUAUGUCCCACUGGACGUUGAGCAUAAUUAUCGAGAACAUUAUCCGCAACGUGCAAUGAAUCAAGAACGUUAUUGUCAUGCUCAAUGCCACACGAAUCUCAGGCCAAGUAAAAGCGUUCCCGAGGGUCUUGAAAAUCACAAUAAUAAUAGUUUACGACGACCACCGCGUCGUCAUCGCGACGUGACUGUCAUCGAACAAAUUACGACUAGUGUCUAAUGAAAAAAAAAAAAUUAUAAAUAAAAUACAGUCAAGAGGGAAAAUCAAUUGAUUAAUAAUCAUCGCGCACAAUUUAUUCUGGUCCACAAGCGAUUCUCUGAUGGACGCAUUGAGCUUAUUAUCAUUCUGUCGAAUUUCAAUUUCACAUAUACGAAAUUAUAGACUUUUUGUAAUCAUUUUUUUUUUCUCUUAAGUAUCUAGAAUUAAGAAACUGAAUAACGAUUAUUUUCUUAGUUUGCAAAUUCUUUUUUGCAACA